CAGUCCAAUAUUGGAAGUAGUAUUUCAGGACUACAUGGCAUUCUCAGUUAAUAAGAGGAGUCACAACUACUUGAGCAUUGCAGAAAUGUAAUAGUUAAAUCAUUAGUGUUCUCUCUCAGCUCAUCUUCUCAUGCCUACAGCUCUGAAAACAAGGGGAGUUUGGUACUCUGGCUCUGGGUUGAAUAGAAUAGCUCAGCUUUCAGGGGAAAACAAGCUGGCAAUUGCAGAGUACUCAUUUUAUGCUUAGUCUUUUACUUUUUCUAUAUGUGUGGGACUGUUCAACUUUUAUUCCACAAUUCUUAGGUGUACAAAACCAGUCAUGGCAACAAUUCAUUAUUUCAAGGAAUAGCUGCAAGCAUUAGUGUUUAUUGUUUAUACUUAUGAACAAUAGAAAUUUAUAAAUCCCACUACAAAAACUAAUCCUGUAUCUGUGUGAAUGAAAAGUGCUGUCCUACAUGUUUUACAUUCUGAGAACAGCAAGUAACACCAUCCCCUUUCAGCCAUGGCUGUAGGUACCUGUGAUGGUACCUUUGUUGUAGGCAGAGGGAUUCAUGCUGUACAUAUUCUCUCCAGGAACAGAAGGCUUUUGGAGGACCUAACAGUUGGGAACUAGCAUGAAAUAAACUGAAAUGUGUUAAAAUUGGAAGGAAGGGGAAAGGAGGAAGAAAAUGAAACAAAUCUAGGUAAACAUCACAUAAUAGAAUUAAUGACAAGCAGGCAGGCAACAGGACCCAGCUGAAGUCCAGGCUCUGGAUCACUAACUCAUCACAUGCUGCUGGAAAUCACCAGAGGAACACAGGGGAAAGAGGAUGAAGUCACUGUCCCAUACACAUUCAACUGAUUGCAAGAGCACUCAGACAAAAUCAGCUUGAAGAAAAAGGAAGAUGUGUUAAAGAGUUUAUUCUCUUGACGGAGCUACAAGUAGCCUAUUUCUGAAGAAUGGCGCUGAGUGACCUCCUUUACCCAGAUAACCCCAAGAGAAGGCAAGAAUUGAUCCAUCUGCACCAGGAAUUGCUCAACUGCAUGUCCACAAAUUUCCGUGCAACAAAUGAGCUGGCUGGAGUGCUGAAUGAACACCUGGGCUGUACGAUUACACACAUUCGGAUGAGAGAGAGCAGCACUGUCAAGGAAAACUGUGACAUUAUCAUUCAAGCGAUGAGUGAGAUUCAGCAUCAGGUACAGAAGAUUGAUAGUGACAUGAAAGAAAAGCUAGAGCCUGUGCUGUACCAGAAGCUGUAUGACAUCAAAGAGCCCGAGUUGGAGAAAAUUGCAAUAGCCCAUAAAGUUUUUUCCAUUGUUCUUGGAGAAGCGACUUCAACAGCUGGGAUGGUAGCUAUCAAACUUCUUGGCUCCAAUCUUAUAACUCUCACUGUGAGCAAGCUUGUCAGUCUCCUUGCGCAGAUUGGGGCAUCUGUUCUUGGGGGAAUCAGCAUCACCAUUCUUGGGCUCGGCAUUGAAAUGAUCCUCCAUGCCAUCCUGGGAGCCAUGGAGAGGAAUCAGCUUCUGGCAGCUGUGAGAAGCUAUGAGAAGCACCUGGCUGAGUUUAAAGCAGCCUCGGAAAAGUACCAGCGCGCCAUACGUGAAGUGACUUCUUUGGUGAGACAGCAGGUUCAGUGAACGAAGUCAGAGUUCUCUCUCCUGCUGUGACGGUGGCUGCAGCAGCUACGCCUGCAGAAACCUUUUUGAUUCUUUAUGGUAAAUGAACUACUGAUGGCUUUUUUUCUUAUUAGUGGCAGCAGAGCAAGAGAUGUGACAGAUCAGGGAUUUGGCACUGAACUAUAUUAAUAGGGAACUGGCUCCCUCCUGGGAGGCAACGCUUCAAAUACUUCGCACCUUUCCUUCAGCUAUUUUCUGGAAUGCAUUGUAGAUAACCUUGAACUGUAAUUCGUACUAGUGACAAUAAUAUUCACUGCUGGAGCAGUAGUGGUGAGAAGGUGUGAUUCUUCUCUUACUGUGUUUCUAUAUCAAAGAUGACAACAUGACGGGAGAAAACAACUUCAACAAGCCAGUCCAUGUCAUCAUCUGGAGGCCUCAUCAGGACAAGCUGUGGUUGCUAAACUCUUAGCGUGGAUUAGUGCUAAAUCUGAUAGGCUGAAUUCCCUGUUCAUUGAACUGCUUACAUGGACUAGCUGAAGCAUAUUUAACUGCUAUUUCCUGUCCCAUCCCUGCCUAAGGUGCCAGCCGGAGAUCUUCUUUAAAUAAACUCUAGUCCC